AUGCCCAGAAUAAUCAUCAAAGGAGGUGUAUGGAAGAACACCGAGGAUGAGGUUCUCAAAGCAGCCAUCGCAAAAUAUGGCAAGAACCAAUGGGCGCGUAUAUCGUCUCUUCUUGUCCGUAAAACUCCAAAACAAUGCAAGGCACGGUGGUAUGAAUGGCUGGAUCCCUCAAUUAAGAAGACGGAGUGGUCAAAGACUGAAGACGAGAAACUUCUACAUCUGGCCAAACUCAUGCCCACACAGUGGCGAACUAUUGCUCCCAUUGUCGGUCGCACUGCAACUCAAUGCCUCGAACGCUACCAGAAGCUCCUUGACGAGGCUGAGGCCAAAGAGAAUGAAGAAUUAGGCCUUGCUGGUCCAGAGGGUGAUGUCGGGCCCAGUGCUGACGAUGUUCGUCGAUUGCGACCUGGAGAGAUAGAUCCCGACCCAGAAACUAAACCGGCACGUCCUGAUCCAAUCGACAUGGAUGAAGAUGAAAAGGAAAUGUUGUCCGAAGCCCGUGCUCGUCUAGCUAACACACAAGGCAAGAAAGCUAAACGGAAGGCCCGUGAGCGCCAACUUGAAGAAGCAAGACGGCUGGCUGUGUUGCAGAAGAAGCGGGAGCUUAAGGCAGCUGGUAUAAUAAUGAGGCACAAGACGAAGAAAAAAGGAAUGGAUUAUAACGCCGAUAUACCCUUUGAAAAGAAACCUGCUCCUGGGUUUUAUGACACAGCCGAGGAACAGGCGCGUGUAGCCGCGGCUCCCGUCGGUCAAACCUUACGACGGCUUGAAAAUAAACGUAAACCAGAGGAAGAAGAGGCCGAGAGGAAGAAGCGGCAGCGGAAGAAUGGUGCGGGUAAGGAGGCAGAGGGUUCUGGGCACCAGACGAAAUUUAUUGCUGCGCGGGACGCUCAAAUCCAGAAGCUCAAGGAAGCAGAAUCGAUAGGGAAGAGAAGAAAAUUGAUGCUUCCCGCCGCUCAAGUGGGUGAAGCAGAGCUCGAUCAUAUAGUGAAGAUUGGUCAAGCUGGGGAAAGCGCGAAGGCGUUGGUUAGUGGAGGUAGUGACGCGAGUGGCCGGCUAUUGAGCGAUUACGAAGGCCUGGAAGAUGCCAAAAUGGCCCGAACCCCUCGCACAGUAGCUCAGCAGGAUAAUGUGCUUAUGGAAGCCCGCAAUUUGAGAAACAUGACCAUCGCUCAAACACCCCUGCUUGGCGAGGAAAACACUCCAUUACAUAUCGAUAGCGGUGGCGGCACCGGUUUUGAUGGCGCGACUCCUCGUCACCAAGUUGCUUUUACUCCCAAUCCCCUUGCAACCCCUCUAAGAUCCGUAGGAGAUGUUUCGGCCACACCCCACGGUGAUGGCGUAGCCUCUGCCACACCUAUUCGCACACCCCUCCGGGAUAAUCUAGCGAUUAAUCCAGACGGAUCAACUAUAUCAGGAGAUACACCUAGAGAGCAGUAUUUACGCCAACAUUCAGCGAAGCGAGCGUUACAAGCAGGCUUCCUCAACCUGCCCGAGCCCGAAAAUAACUUUGAACUCUUAGUGCCUGAAGAGGAACCGGACGGCGAGGAAGAUGCUCAAACAUCACGAGUCGUUGAGAUUGACGCCGCUGAGCGCGACGCGAGGCUGAAGCGUAUUCAAGAAGAGGAGGAGAGGAAGGCGUUAGCUCGACGAUCUCAAGUAGUUCGUAUGGGCCUACCAAGACCCGCCAAUGUCGAUCCGGAAGCUCUUUUGGCGCAUCUUUCGAUUCAGGAAGAGGGAAAUGUGACCGACGCACAAACGUUGAUAAAUCGUGAGCUCACCCAGCUCAUGCUUCAUGAUUCAAUCCUACACCCUAUCGUCGGUACUUCGCGGCCAGGGGGUUCCAGGUCUUCGUACGAAGUGCCAGAUGACGAUAGUAUGGACACAGCACGUUCUGCCAUUCAUCUUGAAUUGGCCUCCCUUGUUGGUUUCCCCCAAGCCAGUCCGGAACAGGUUCGCGAAGGGCUCAAGUCUUUGGCCAAAACGGAUGAAAUUGACGAAAGUUUAUCCUGGGCUUCGAUCUGCAAGAGCCUCGUGUAUAAUACUCAAACCAAAACAUGGGUUCAACCGUCAGAACUAUCACUAGACGAACGUAUUGCUGGAUACGAGGUUCAACUCGAGGAGUGCCGAGAAAUGAUGUCCAGGGAAGCGCAGAAGUCUGGGAAAGCUGAGAAGAAGUUGGGUAAAAUCUUAGGUGGCUAUCAAGUUCGCGCACAAAUGUUGGCAAAGAGAGUUACGGAUGCUUUUGCCCAACUCGAGAAGACUCACGUCGAUUACCAGAGCUUCUCUCAACUACUCACCAACGAAACAGCUGUCGGGCCUCGUAGACUUGCGGCAUUGAGGGAGGAGGUGGAGGUACUGGAGCGAAGAGAGAAGUUGUUACAAGAACGAUAUGCAGAUUUGGAUUCAGAGAGGAGAGAGUCUGAAGCAAGGGUAGCGGUAUUGGAAGAAAAGUUGAUGGCUGAAGCUGAGGCACUGAACGAAGAACAUCUUGCGCAGAUGGAGAGUGUUGAAGCAUAG